GCGUGGCCUGGCGGCGUCGGGCGGGCACUGGCGGCGGCGCGCGGAGGGCGCGCAGCCCCCGCCAUGGUGGAAUUCCGCAUCCGUCCCUACCGGGAGGAGGACCGGGAAGCCGUACGCGAGGUCUUCGCCACCGGCAUGAGCGAGUACGCCCCGGCGCUGUGCCUGCACGUCCUGCGGCAGCCCUGGGUGCUGCUGCUGCUGGGCUGCACCUUCGGGCUGCUCCUGGCCAGCGCCCGCUCCCUCCUGCUGCCCCUGCUGGCCCUCACCCUGCUCCUGGCGCUGGCCCGGCACCUCCUGGGCUGGGCUUGGAGCUCCUACAUCGACCGCUGCCUCGGGGACGACCUCGGGGACAUCGCGGCCGCCUACGCCGAGAGCUCGGGGGGUCGGUUCUGGGUGGCAGAGGCCGACGAGCGGGUGGUGGGGACGGUGGGCGUGCGGCCGGCCCAGGGCGGCGGUUCCGUCGGGGAGGUUCUGGCUCUGAAGAGGAUGGCGGUGCGGAAGGAUUACCGGGGCCGGGGCAUCGCCAGCGCCCUGGCUCGCACCGCCCUGGGCUUCGCCCGCCGUCGGGGCUGCCGCGCCGUGGUGCUCAACACCCUGAUGGUGCAGCGGGAGGCUCAGGGGCUCUACGAGAGGUUGGGGUUCCGACGGGACCGACGGUACCUCCUGCCCACCAUCUACGGCCGCUUGGCCAACUGCACCAUCACCACCUACCGCUACGACCUGGAGGGGGGGUCCUGAGACACCCCGACCCCCCCGCUGGCAUGGCGGGUGCCCGGUGCCCCCCGGCCGUGCUGGCUCUGCCACGGUGCUGCUCUGGGCCGUACCGUGGGGGUUCUCAGGGAGUUGGGGGGGUCGGGACCCUCGUGCUGGGGGGGAUCAGUGGGGUCCAGCUGGCCCUGCACAAGGGAGCCCUGGGGGGGCUGUGCCUGGCCCUGGUGCUUCCACGUCCCCUGGGGGGCAUGUGGCUGCCUCAGUGAGACCCCCGGCUGCUCUCCCCCCAUCCACGGUGUCUGCAGGACAGGUGCUGCUCCUGGAAAGAGGGGAAAAAUAAAUUAAUCCUUCACA